AUGGGCAGGAGCAGGAACACAGAGGGGCGGGUGAGGAGGAGUGAGAGCCUUUCAGAGGAGCAGCUAGAGGCGCUAGCAGGUCAGCUGCGGUGCGGUGGGUUGCUAGACCCCUCUGAUAUCCGCCUGCGCCGCCCCUUCCUGCGCGGCCUGGGGCGCACUGGGGGAGGCGCGGACUGGGGCAGGCGGAAACUGGCGCAGGGGGAGGCGGGGAGGGAGGAGGAGGACGGGUGUGGGGCGGGUGAGGCGGUGGAGGAGGGGGAAGGGAGGGUGGGAGGGGAGGGGGAGGAAGGGAGUGUGGAGGAGGAGAGGGAGAGAGGGGAGGGGAGGGUGGUAGGGGAGGAGGCGGCGGGGGAAGAAGAGGGGAGGGGGGAGAGGGGGAGGGGGCGGGAGCGGAGGAAGAGGGGCAUGCGCGCCCUGUCGCCCAUGCGGCUUCUGGCCAAGCUGUCAGGCGCAGGUGGUGGGGAGAGGGAUCAGAGAGGGUCGGGAGAGGGUGGGGCAGAUGCGAAUGCAAGUACCAGUGCAGGCGGCAGUGGGAAUGCGAUCGGCAACGGGAGUGGUAGCGGGAGUGGCAGUGGGAGAGGCAGUUCAAGUGGAAGUGCGGGCAGCGGUACCAGUGGCAGUGCGAGCAGCAGUGCAGUGACGUGUCUGCGCCUUACUGCUGUGUCAUUACCAGUAGUCCCUGGCAGGGUGGGUGGGGCUGCUGUGCCUCCCCUUGCUGCUCUGCAGGGCACCAGUGGCCUUGAUGACCCUCCGUCCACCACUCCUGCUGAUGCUGCUGCUACCGAUCCUGCUGCUGCUGCAACAGAUCCAACAGCUGAGCCACCUGCCGCAGCACCCACAUCACCUGACAAAUCACCUGAAGCAGUAGCUGGACCAGCACCCACUGCACCUGCAGCCACACCUGCUCCCAUCCAGAUUCCAAACCGAACUCUUGUGCUAAACAAGCCCGCCCCGCCCCCCACUGCAUCCUCCUCUUGCUGGUCUGCUCUUCCCCGCCCUCAAUACGACACCGACUUUGACUACUUUGAAAAGGCUCUAACGGGGGGCACACCUCGUCCUGUAGCGGGCUUUGUUUCCCCCUCAGCUAAGCCGAACGUGCUGCCUCACAAGGGCCGCGGGUGGCUUUCUAAUGAACCUGCCUGGAAUGACAACCCCUCAGGUUCGGCAGCUGGCUCAGGCGUAGGCUCGGUAGGAGGGAACGCGUUCGGUUCCAAGGAAUGGCCGAGCUGGAUCCCAAAGAACAGGUUCGGGGCGCUAGGCUUGGCGGGAGGUCCGGGGCUGCCAUCUCCGUCGUCGUUCUCCCCCGUUCACUCGCUUUCUUCCCCCCUGGCGGCAUGGGCAUAUACGGGCAAGAGCUCAUGCGAUCUGUGCCCAAGGCACAGCAGGAGGGGGUGGUGCAGGGAGAGGGGCAGGGAGUGGGGCAGGGUCAAGUGCAGGGGAAGGAGAAUGGUGGGGCAGAGUUAG